CACCCAGGGAGCGACGCCCCCCUACCAACCAGGUUUCCAGCAGGACAGCGAAAAGCUGGUAUGCAACAAACAGCGGGCCCCACGAACUCACCCGGUCCGAGGUUGGAGGUUGAAGCCCUUUGCACGGUCGACAGCGAGAGCUGCCCCUUCAGCUGAUGAGGCCUUGACGGCCUGCUUGCACUGUGGGACUCAAAGGCCCUCUCUCCCUCCGCCCCCUCGUUUCCCUGUUCUAUGAUGCCAGAAUCCCAAGGCGACGCGGAGCAUUCCAGCCGGUUCCUGGAGCCUCCAUCACUGCAAGUGCAGGAGGCGCCCGUACAGGAUGAUGCUCCUGUGGGCUCUCCAGCAGCUUCCCCACCUUUGUCGGCCAAAAGCAGUGAUGACGAGGGACCCGAGAAGCCACUCCUCUACUCACCUGGCCGAAGCGUACGCAGAACCACCAUCCUCUCGUGUGUGUGCUUUGAUGUCUUUGUCUGUUAUGUGUGUGCAGUUCCCCCCUCCCACCCCUUCUGAGCAGCUAUCGCAGUUCAUGGUCGGCAUGACGGCCUUUGUGGGGGCCACGUCGGUGGCCAUCGCCGCCACCUGGCCCUUCCAGGAGCUCACCAGUUUGGGCGACUUCUUCUUCGUCGACAAGCCCUUCCUCUGGACCAUCUACGGGUGCUUCUUCGUCGGCCACACGGCGCUAUACUUCAUCUGCCGCACCGUGCUGCGCGUGUGCGGGGCCGAGUACCGCGACUCCCAGAAGGCCGACUCGUGGCUCAUGACGCUGCUGGCUGGGAUGAUCGUGUUUAGCUUCGGCUGCUGGGCGCUGGUGGAGAUCGUGGUGAGGGGAGGCUUCAACGAGCGGGGCUUCCGGGCAAUAGUGAGGAGCGACCCGUGGCCUGCAAAGAUAUCGAAUCUGUACUACCUGGCCAACUGCCAUGCGGACCUGGUGGUGGGGUCGCUGGUGUAUCCGGCGGCCAUCGACAUGCUGACGGGCUGGAUCCACCACGCUGCUACACGGCCAUCAUGUGCUACGGCCUGUCGCACCGGCUCAACUUCAUCAUCACCCUCUUCGGGGUGGUGGAGCUGCCCACCCUCAUGAUAGCCAUCGGCAACAUUCACACCCCGUGGCGCUUCGACUGGUCCAUGGGCAUCGCAUUCAUCCUCACACGCGUCAUAUACCACACCAUCCUGCUGAUCGUCCUCCUGGUCUACCACUACUAUGUGCCGGGCUUCUAUACCACGGGGGCGCUGCUGUUGCACCUUUAUUGGAUCACAUCGUGGCUACAGAAAAAACUGGGAGGAGGGAGAAGGCUGUCGGGAAGCAGCAGAAAGAAGAAUAAUGAAGGUGACCCUGAGGCCCAGCUGAGUGACGGCAGGGAUAGCUACGGCGCCGUGCAGAUCAUCAGGCAGCCGACGUGGCCGAGAGGGGAGCCGGGAGGGAGCUGAGCGGGCGGGGCGGGGGAGGGAGACACGAUGAUGAAUGAAGCUGGCCUUGCUGCUGUGGUAUAUAUGUCGUAUGUGGUCUUGGUUGGUUGGUGUUUGGACUUUCUUGGGCAAUUACUUAGGGCAUAAGCAAUGCAAUCAAUGGGCGUGUGCGUGUGCAUGGGUGAGGUCAGUUCUCGUGUUAUGAGACCGAACACAGGACUCAAGCAGGAGAAGAUCUGAUUGACUUCCCUCUUGGUUGGUGCUGUCAGUGUCUGUCUCUUCUUGGUCAAUGCAGC